GUCCUCUUUAACCUCAUUCAGGAUCAGAUAUAUUGAUUCUAGUUGCAUUUUCGAGGAAGCAGCCCGCUUGACGUCUUGCAUGCAGCAUACCCGCUGAACUUCUAUGUGUUUGAAAACGGAUGAAGCCUUUGCUUAUAAGACAUACACUGCAAGAUUAUCAGGGGCAAUUGAAAGACCAUCAGGUUUACCAUGACUCCAUCAUCGUUCUUAGGCCUUGAGGGCCUUCAUGUCUUCAUUACUGGUGCUGCAGGAGAUAUCGGUAGGCGGGCGGUGCAGGAAUUCUUAGACCAAGGAUGCAAAGUGACGGCGUUUGAUCUGCAUGAUGUGGAAUUACCUGAAUCAGUUAGAAAAGACGUGGACGCUAGACUCCAUGUCCUCAAGGGUGAUGAUACGAACGAGGAAUCUAUCCAAUCCAGCAUCUCCCAAGCCAGCAGACGCCUCGGCCCCAUCAAUGUUCUCGUUGUCAAUUCUAUCCCUGCUGGACAAGGCAGUGAACUUCCCAUCUGGGAUCUGCCCUUGGACACCUGGGAGAAGACGUCUCGAGUCAACGUAAGAGGAACGUUUCUCACAAUUAAGCACUUCCUGCGAGCUGCUCAAUCAGCCCAGCAGACUCUCGGCAAGGAGCUGCAUAAUCUGGCUAUCGUCGUGGCAGGAGGAGAGCUACUUGGGAAGGCAGACUUGCACACUGAGUUGAUCCAGAAAGUGAAGAAGGAUAUAGUCCGUCUCAACAGGCAGGCGAGGAUCAACAUCAUUGCCCCAGUUGAUACCACAGGGACGCAACCAAACAUAUCUCACUCAACCACAACAGACUCAAUUUCCCGGACCAUAGCAUUCUUAGCCUCCCAUCGCGCAGCCGGACACCUGACAGGCCAAUGCCUCAAUCUGAAUAACAACACGCAAGGCGGAUCUACCUCAACCAGCCUUACCCCGUCCAUCCCCAGAGGCCUUUCCAGACUCAGCAAAAAAAUCCGCGUCGUCGUAUCCAUCGACCUAGACGCCGUCUCUGGCUGGCUCGGCACCGGUCACCACCCAGACAACAUCCUCGCCGACUACUCAGCGGGCUUCUUCGGCGCCAAAGUCGGCGUCCCACGUCUGCUGCGCAUGCUCAAGAAGCUCAACCUCGCCGACCGCUGCACAUGGUUCAUCCCGGGCCACUCCGCGGAGAGCUUCCCGGAUGAAGUACGCCAAGUAGUUGACUCCGGCUGCGAGAUAGGACUCCAUGGCUACGCCCACGAGGGGGCCUACCAGAUGACGGUGGAACAAGAGCGCGACGUGCUGGUCAAGUGUAUCGACAUCGCCACAAAACUCACGGGCAAGAAACCAGUUGGUUAUCGAGCUCCGUUAUACCAGCUCCGCGAGUCAACUCUAGACCUGCUGGAAGAAUUCGGCUUCGAAUACGACUCCUCCAUAACCGAGCACGACAGCCACCCCAUCUUCGCCCCUCGCCGCCCACCCAUCCAAACCAUCGACUUCUCCCAGCCUGCCUCAAGCUGGAUGCAUCCCCUCCCACCUUCCUCAGACCGACGCCCUCUCGUCUGCGUUCCUUGCAACUGGUAUAUGGAAGACAUGACCCCGAUGCAGUUUCUUCCCCACGCGCCGAACUCGCACGGCUACACGGACUCGCGGGUCAUCGAGAACAUGUGGAAAGAUCGGUUCCUCUGGAUUCGGGAGAAUGAGGAGGAGCCGGUGUUCCCCGUGCUGAUGCAUCCUGAUACGAGUGGCAUGGUGCAUGUGAUUGGCAUGUUGGAACGGAUGUUGGGAUGGUUGAAGGAGUGGGGGGAGGAUGAGGUGGAGUUUUGUCAGUCGCAGGAGGUGGCGAAGUGGUUUAGGGAGAAAGAGAUGGGGAAGAAGGAGUAGAGAGAUAGAUGGAUAGUAGUGAGGGAGGGUUUUAGGUGAUAUUGGGGAGGGGGGUAGUAAUGUUAUUCAGCUACGGUGACAAGUUACGUCUAUAACUUACUAGAAGUGUGAGUAACUACUGGAAAAAGAAAGAAUAUUUUAGAUAUCGAGG